CAGCAGCAGCAGCAGCAGCAGCAGCAGCAGCCGAGGAUGGAGCAAGUGGAGAUCCUCAGGAGGUUCAUCCACAGCGUCCAGGCCAUGAAGAGCCCCGACCACAACGGGGAGGACAACUUCGCCCGCGACUUCAUGCGACUAAGAAGAUUAUCUACCAAGUAUAGAACAGAAAAGACUUACCCAACAGUCACUGGAGAAAAAGAAGAAAAUGUUAAAAAGAACAGAUAUAAGGACAUAUUGCCAUUUGACCACAGUCGAGUUAAACUGACUUUAAAAACUCCCUCUCAAGAAUCAGACUACAUCAACGCAAACUUUAUUAAGGGAGUCCAUGGUCCAAAGGCCUAUGUCGCAACCCAAGGACCAUUGGCAAACACAGUCAUAGAUUUUUGGAGGAUGAUAUGGGAAUACAAUGUCGUAAUCAUUGUGAUGGCUUGUAGAGAAUUUGAAAUGGGAAGGAAAAAAUGUGAGCGUUAUUGGCCUUUAUAUGGGGAAGAGCCUGUAACAUUUGCACCGUUUCACAUUUCUUGUGAAGCUGAGCAAGCAAGAACAGACUACUUUAUUAGAACACUAUUACUUGAAUUUCAAAAUGAGUCUCGUAGGAUAUAUCAAUUUCAUUAUGUGAAUUGGCCAGACCAUGAUGUUCCUUCAUCGUUUGAUUCUAUUUUGGACAUGAUCAGCUUAAUGAGGGAAUACCAGGAACAUGAAGAUGUGCCUAUUUGUAUUCACUGCAGUGCAGGAUGUGGAAGAACCGGAGCUAUUUGUGCCAUAGAUUAUACUUGGAAUUUGUUGAAAGCCGGGAAAAUACCAGAAGAGUUUAAUGUAUUUAAUUUAAUACAAGAAAUGAGGACACAAAGGCAUUCUGCUGUACAAACGAAGGAGCAAUAUGAACUUGUUCAUCGAGCCAUCGCACAACUGUUUGAAAAGCAGCUACAAAAAUAUGAAAGUCAAGCAGACUGGAAGAUUGGAGAUGGAGUGGAUGAAGUUAGCACAGAAAAUAUUGUCAGCUCCAUAGACCUUGAAAAACAAGACUCCCCCCCACCAAAGCCUCCCCGGACUCGCAGUUGCCUUGUAGAAGGAGAUGCUAAAGAAGAAAUCUUGCAGCCUCCAGAGCCUCACCCAGUCCCACCCAUCUUGACACCAUCUCCUCCUUCAGCCUAUCCAACGGUUACAACUGUGUGGCAAGACAACGACAGAUACCACCCAAAGCCAGUUUUGCACAUGGCUUCAUCUGAACAGCACACUCCCGACCUCAAUGAAAACUACAACAAAUCAGCAGGUCCCCCAGGGAAGAACGAAUCGACAGUUGAGCGUUUAGAGAAGAAGUUGGAGCGCAACCUGAGCUUUGAGAUUAGGAAGGUCCCCCUUCAGGAGGGGCCGAAGAGCUUUGAGGGCAAUGCCCUCUUGAACAGAGGACACGCGAUCAAGUUUAAAUCGGUUCCCCCUAAUGUGCUAGAUAAAACCUCUAAGCCCCAAGAGUCCAGUAUGGGGGACUUAGUCGAAGACAAUUCUCCAAACUCCUGGGCGGACUGCACUGUGUCACAAUCAAACAAAGCCUUAGCAAAUCCGCCAGAAGGAAUGUCGAAGAGUUCUGAUACCCCGCCUAGACCUGACCGCUUGCCUCUCAGAGAGAAGGAACCUCUUUUGUGGUCAUUACCCGGACCUGAAAAUGCACUGCCCAAAUCCACGGCACCUGACAGCCAAUCCUCAGGUGCCCCUGUGAAAACUGUUUCUCUCUUUCCAAGCCCAGCAAAGCAGUUGGAAUCCAAGGUUCUCGGGGCGCACAGCAGCACACCCCCACCUAGGGCCCCCCUGUGUUUCACUAAUCCACUUCACUCAGAUGACUCGGACAGUGAUGAGAGGAACUCUGAUGAAAUCACGAUCAAGAGCCUGACUAAUAUUUCAACCGCCAGUGCCACUGUUUCUGCUGCCACUAGUACUGAAAACAUUACUGCUAGGAAAGUGUUACCAAUGUCCAUUGCUAGGCUUGAUGUACCAGUCCCGGUACAUCCAGGUGCUGAAAAAGAUGUUGAAGUUAGUGAAGAGUCGCCUCCCCCACUCCCAGAAAGAACUCCUGAAUCUUUUGUAUUAACAAGUGAACAUAAUCCGGCUGUACGAUCUGCUGAGUGGAGUGCACCUCAAAAUCAGAAAUUAUGUGAACAAAAGAAAUCUGAAGGCUUAACAUCUGGGAGUAUAAAGUUUGAGCAACGAGAAGCAGGCGAACAGAUGGAAACUGAUACAGUAUGUCCACUGCCCAUCUCCAGUAAUAAGAAAGGUUUUGGCAAUCGAUGUGGAAAACCAAAAGGACCAAGAGAUCCACCUUCAGAAUGGACAUGAUGGAAGGAGCCAAGGGACACUUUAAUUAUCCUGGAAAAUACAAGUGCCAGUGAAAACCCGAUUUUUAGUAUUCCACUUAAAAAAAAAAAAGAAACAAUUUUCGGGACUAACCCAAAGCAGUGUAGAUUGAGUUAAUGACUGAAUGGUACACAUUUUAUUGUACUUCCCCUGUAAGCCUGAAAUGUUGUCCACAACAGAGGAUUCCAGUAUUACAUCCUACCAUACCAUUCUACCUUUUUUUUCUCACCCCAGGACCAUCUACCUGCCUUAUAUUACAUUUAGGAAAAGUAUUACAUAUGGUUUAUUUUGUAACUUCAAGUAUUAUUGCCUUAAUGUCUCUUAACCCUGUUACACGCUGCUUGUAGACAUAUGUUAAUAUAGUAAUACUUUUUAUGAUAAAUUGAGUUUAUGGAUUUUUCUUUGGCUAAUGUUUUGAUUAUCAUGUAUGCAUUAUUUGUAAAUGAACAGGGCAAGUAGGUAUAUAAUUUGAUAAAGCUGCAAUCAUAAAAUAUUAUUAACAGAAGAUGUAAGGAAUCUCUGCAUGGUCUAAAUCUUUGUGUACCUUAUUUGUAAAUUAUUUGCCCUGAAGUUUUAGAAAAUAGUUUCUGAUUUUUGUUAAUUGCUGGAUACAUGCAACCAGCACUGCAGGUUAGCAGAGAUGAAAGAUUGUAAUAAUACAUUUUGUAAAUUGUAAGCAAAAGGUUAUUUUUAUAUUACAUACCGUUUAAUUGUCAAA